UAGAAGAAAGCGUGACCCCGAAACUAGACGGAAAAAUCUAAAUAUAAAAGGAAAACGACGAGGGCAAAUGAGAGCCUGACCAUCUCUCCUCCACCUCCCCCUCCAUCUCUCUUGCAUUCGUCCAGCGAUCUGCUCAGCAUACUCGACGGCUCGGAGGGCGUCACGGGCCAAGAUCCAGCGAUCCAAUGCCUCGAUUCCAUUCACAUAAUAUGGCUGAGGGAUCAGAUUCAUCGUUGGACCCGAAUUUGGUAGAGCUCAGAGAGCUCCGGCGGUCAUUGAGGUCGUUGAUCUCGUUAGAGCACCUAGAGUUACCAGAGAUGCCACUGCUUCCGGCUUUUCUCCACCGUAUUGAAGACUUGGUUGACGAUGGGGGGAGCGAUGACGGCGUAAGUCCUGACAGAGAGGAGGAGGACAAUCAGGUCUCUUCAGAAAAUAAGGAAGGCAGGCUUGACAAUGAUAGUGGGAGCAAUGAAGAGCGUAGGGCUGGUGAAACCACCGGGCCAAGUACAGUAAUCUCUCAUGGGACCGAUGGCCUUGAGAGAUGUUUUCAAUCUGUCAUAGUGCGAUGGCUGGGGGAGCAGCAACAUGUCAAUUUGGACAGCCUGAAAACAAUCUCUGGGAACUUUAAGAAUGUCUUGAUGAAUGAUCCAUCAUUCACCGCUCUACUAACCCAACAAAUGAACAAUGUGUGCGUCGAUGUUUCGCGUAUGCUGAAGACGAAUCCUGAAUUGCGGUGGGAGUUCUAUCAUCUUUAAUUUGCAUCAUUGCCAUUUUCAUUCUGCUGUCUGAUAUAUUGUGUAACCAUUGUUAGUUAACUAAUUUUCAUUUUCCUGCAUCACUCAAAUCUCAUGAGUAUUAGAGGUGGCUCGAAAGGCAUUGAACUUGUCUCGAAUAUCUGUGCUGCUGGUGAGAAUCUACUUAAUGAACAAAAGAUGUAUAUAUCUUUUGGCAAUUAACAAUAGAAGUUGCUGGUGAGACUCUACUCAAUGAACAAAGAUAUGUAUAUCUUUUGACAAUUGGCAAUAGAAGUUGCAGGUGAGACUCUACUUAAUGUGUAUAUCUUUUUGCAAUCGACAAUAGAAGCUGCUGACGAUACUCUACUUAAUGAACAAAAGAUAUGCAUAUCUUUUGGCAAUUGACAAUAGAAGCUGCAGGUGAGACUCUACUUAAAGUGUAUAUCUCUUGGCAAUCGAUAAUAGAAGUUGCUGGUGAGACUCUACUUAAUGAACAAAAUGUAUGUAUAUCUUUUGGCAAUUGACAAUAGAAGCUGCAGGCGAGACUCUACUUAGUGUGUAUAUCUUUUCACAAUCGACAAUAGAAGUUGUUGGUGAGACUCUACUUAAUGAACAAAAUGUAUGUAUAUCUUUUGGCAAUUGACGAUAGAAGCUGCAGGUGAGACUCUACUUAGUGUGUAUAUCUUUUCGCAAUAUUUGUGAUGCUUAUCGAUUCGGGAAGUUGGUCCUUCUCAGCAUUAUUCACUUAAUUGAUUUCUUUGAGCAUUUUGGAGGGUCAAUUAUUGCUUGCUUUUAAUUACCGGCAGCUCAGAGGAAUUGAAAGAGUAUUACAGUCCCAAUUUGUUGGAGUUCAACGAAGAUACUGGAAUUUUUGUGUUGCCUUAGCGAUAGACUAUUAUUGAAAGCUAAGGCGCCCAAUCAACAAGAUGAAUUGAAAGGGUUGCUUUCAGAAGAAUUGGAGAGCAAAAAGCCACUGAUUUUUUAUGGGGAGUGGAUCGACAAAAUAGAUCCUAAAUUUAGGCCUCACAGGCAGUAUGAUUAUGAAUCCGUCGGGGGGUUAUUGCGCUUCGUGCGAAAUCAGUGGCGCCACCUCCCGGACGGAUUUGAGGUUACACUUUCUAUGGAAUCGUAAUGAUUUCUAUAGCGGAAUGCAUGCGAGGCUUCUUUAGGAACUUUGUGUAUCUCGAAUUGUAUGAGCUUGUGACUCAUCUUUUUUUGUUCCCAUAGGAAUUCUUAGGAUUCGGUGAACAUUUUUACGAUUACUUCGAUGCACGAUUCCCAAAACUCUUUAUGCUGUCGUACGGAGCGGCGUCCCAGGUCUGCAGAGAAGAGAGAUGGUUUGAGGAAUUCCGUUGAAGGGACAACCUCUUCCAGGAGUACUUUGGAAGAGAACGCUUCUACAAUUUCUUAUUCAAUCCAGUCGGUUGUGCAUUCCCGUGUUUUUUGUUAGGAUCUAUUCGACUCUCUGUUUGAGUGUGUAAAUGUAUUGUUUUAGACGUAUAACAUGGUUGCAAUACUGAAUUGUUUUAAAUGUAUAGUAUGUUGUUCUUGAUGUUGCAUCAAAAUAGAAUUAUUACACUUCAAUUCAGUGCUCUUUUUUU